AUGGUCUCUGAAGAUGGUAUCGAUCAUUUCCUUAGGGCUUAUGCAAGCAAAGAGCUGGAAGAACAGUUGCGAUCUGUAUCCAGUGUGGAUGAACUCAUGACAGUACUUUAUCCAGAAUACUGGAAAAUGUUCAAAUGUCAGUUGAGAAAAGGGAGCUGGCAACAUAGUAGAGAACAAUCCAGCUUCAUUGCAAGAUCAGAAGAUUCAAAUCCAAUAAAAUUUGCUGCAGCACAUUAUAAUGCAGAUAUCUUGAAAAGUAUUGAUAAUGAGUGGAGAAAAACUCAAUGCAUGCCACGUGAGGUAUGUGUAGAUGUGGGGAAAGAAUUUGGAGCAACAACAAACACCUUCUUUAAACCUCCAUGUGUGUCCAUCUACAGAUGUGGAGGUUGCUGCAAUAGCGAGGGCCUGCAGUGUAUGAAUAUCAGCACAAGCUACAUCAGCAAAACGUUGUUUGAAAUAACUGUGCCACUAUCUCAUGGUCCAAAACCUGUAACAAUUAGUUUUGCCAAUCACACAUCUUGCCGAUGCAUGUCCAAACUGGAUGUCUACAGACAAGUUCAUUCCAUCAUUAGACGCUCCUUGCCACUGACACAACCACAGUGUCAUGUGGCAAACAAAACUUGUCCAAAAAGCUAUAUCUGGAAUAACCACAUGUGCAGAUGUCUGGCACAACAUGACUUCAGUUUCUCUUCCCACCUUGGGGAUACGGACUCUACUGAAGGAUUCCAUGAUAUCUGCGGACCUAAUAAGGAGCUUGAUGAAGAAACGUGUCAGUGUGUCUGCAAAGGGGGAGUGAGACCUUCCAGCUGUGGAGCCCACAAAGAAUUAGACAGAACAUCCUGCGAGUGCACAUGUAAAAAUAAGCUGCUGCCCAGCUCAUGUGGACCCAACAAAGAUUUUGAUGAAGAAAGAUGCCACUGUGUAUGUAAAAAAACAUGCCCUAAGCAUCAACCGCUAAAUCCUGCAAAGUGUAUCUGUGAGUGUGUAGAAUCUCCAAACAGAUGCUUCUUGAAAGGAAAAAGAUUUCAUCAGCAAACAUGCAGUUGCUACAGACCACCAUGUACAGUCCGAACAAAACGCUGUGAGUCUGGAUUUUAUUACAGUGAAGAAGUAUGUCGCUGUGUCCCCAUAUAUUGGAAAAGGCCACUUAUCAAUUAGUGAAGAAACCAUCAUAUGAUAUUCUGGUGUACAUUUUUCCUUUUUUUAAAAAAAAGACUUCUAACAUUUUGAACUUCCUGUGCACCAGAAUGGGCUUAUAGGAGACAGACUUAUUUGUGCUCUUCCUGAGAUCCACAAAAAGCAAACGUAGGAAAAAUGGACUUUCUUCAUAUAAAGAAUUCACUAAGGACUUGAUUUUUGCC